AUGGAUCGGAUGGAGCACCAUGCUGAAGGUGGACCCUCUGGCGCUGCGCACUCCAGCGGAAGCGGCAGUUGGCAGAGCAGCAAGACCAUCACACAGCCCGGCGCCGCUGCAGCUUUCGAGCUGCCGAGCAUGCCAGUACCCUAUGAAGGUGAGUCAGCCAUGCGAGAUCUUGGUGAAAAAGGCUGCUCGGCGCGGCCUCACCCCAAGCUCAAAAAAACAUAUUCACUUGCCCAUUCAGACUUUCAAGUUUCACUGGAUCUACCCUCAAGUCUAGACGCUGCCGACUUUUCACUAUUGGCGUCACCAGGCUUUGCAGACAUGCUGCCAAAUCUAUCUGGACCCUCAGCAUUCUCUCCAACACCCAGUACGAGCGCGCUCUUCUCGAGCUUGGGAGCUAGGGUGAGCAUGACUCCUCAAGCCGGAGAUGAAGGAGGCCGAAAUAGUGUUGGCGGGCUUCACCUUGCUAGCGCGCCGUACCAAGAAGGGACAGCGGGGGCAGGGAGUGCAUCUGUGCCACCGUCCGGACAUUCAAUGUUCUCCUUUGACGAUCUGACAAGCCGAGCAGCCGAGCAGCACGAGAACAAGCAAGGGGGCGUCACCUCUUCUUUGUUCGAUGCGAGCGAGUCGAGCUUCUUGGACAAUUUCUUGGGCGGCUUCGACUCGAGCUGGGAUUUCAAUCCUUCCUUGCCCGACAAUAUGCCAUCCUUUGCCGAUGCGCAAAGAUUGGCUGCAACGACGGGCGCAAGCUUUGCCAGUUCUUACGAUGCUGCCAAUGCGGGCAAGUACAUGGCAGGUGGGCAGAAUCGCCCGAGGCGACUCAGGCCUGCCGUGUCGAACAGUGGCUCCACCCCGCGUGGUGGAGACGCCGUCAGCGACACCACUAGCCCUACUGGAGAGGGGCCAGAAGCGACAGCCGGCGCCGCUUUUGGCCGCGCGCUGGAUGGCUGGGCUAACGAAGAGAUGCAAGGUGACGAUGAGCGAGGUAGUGGCCUAGGAAGGAAACGGAGCGCUGCGCAUCUACCCCACCUCCCACAACAUGCUACCCAGCCCUACAUGUAUCCCCCAGCAGGCUCCAUGCCGGGAUCCGCUCUGCCUUUCAAUCUACCGCAAGGCUUCUUACAUCGACCUUAUGGGGCAGAUGGCAUGGAUGUGGACCAGUCUUCGGCACACCCGAUGACCUCGGGAAAGAAGAUGAAAGCGGGAGCUGCUGAUGCGGAGGACGAGGCUCAAGAAUCUGAUGAUGGCACGCCUGGAGGAGGGGCUUCAACGGAUGCGCAAGCCGCGCGAAAGGAAUUGUUGACGGAUGGGGAGAAGCGGCAAAACCACAUCUUGUCGGAGCAACGGAGACGGAAUCAUAUUCGAGAAGCCUUCAAGGAACUGGUGGAGCUGUUGGAAGCAGGCAGGGCGUUUGGAGCGAGGGGACUGGGAAUGUCUUCUGGAGCGGGUACUGGUAUAGAGGAUGAAGGUUUAGACGAUCGAGAGUCGGACGAUGUGCACUCGUCGGAGGAUGACGAUGUGUCUCGAGCAAAGCGGAGGAAAGCAAGGAACAAGCGGGCGAUGCCUGGAGGUGGAAGGGGCAAGGGAAGAGGAAGAGGAGGAAGCGCUGGAGGUGGAGCUGGCUCCAAGAGUGCCGUGCUGUUCCAGACGGUCGAUCUGGUCAGGUGGCUUGAUGGAAGGAAAUUGGGCUUAGAGCAGCAGUGCGAAAUCUUGGAGCGCGUAGCUGCUGGUGCGGAUCCGGCGACAUUGAUCCAAGCACCUCCGUCGGCGUAG